GUUUACUUGGAGAUUGGAGGUGGUUGAAGCCGUGAUGAUUGCCGCUUGAGAAAUCUGCGAGUAAGUUUAAGAUUGCCCUCACUUAUCUUGUCAAAAUGGCAACAGUAAUGCAUGGUAGAAGAAAAGGAAACGCGAGAGCAACACCAGAGUUGCCACAAGCUCCAGGUGGUAUGAUUUUGCCUGAUGGAACUGAUUUGCGCCAGAUGACAGUAUUGUCAAAAGCAGAGUGGCUGCGCAUUCAAGAAGAACUCAACAGACGGCACAUUGAAGAAGAGCAGUUAAAGAGAAUUCGAAAUGAACGUGAGGAGCAGAAAAAACGAUCAAAGGAGAUGGUUAAAAAUUGGAGCAAUACCUUCUAUGGUCAGAGCCAGCAGAGGCUGGAGGCACGUAAAGCUAGAGAAGCAAAAGAAGAGGAGGAAAAGAGACUGAUUGAUAUCGAAGAAGCCAAAUUUCAAGCAGAAAAACGCAAAGCUGCCAUUGAGAAAGCUAAAACACAGCAGUAUUACCAGACUGACCGUGUGAAGAACUUCCAUAGUGCUCUCAUCUUGACAGAGGUGCUGAAAGAGCGUGAAGCUCAAAUUGAGCUUGCACACCUCAAAGCCAAGGCCUCUGAAGGUGAAGAAGAGGAAUGGUUGAACCAGAUGAACAAAGAACAUGAAUAUGCCAUGCAGAAAGAACACAGUGCAGCAUUUAGACGCAUGCAAGCAGCUAGAGAUAAUCAGGAGUUUGUCAAAAAACAGAUAAGGGAACAUCUAAAGCAGAAAGAUUUAGUUGAUGCUGAAAAUAUUGCUGAGGGUGAAGAACUGAAAAGGCUGACCAUAGCCUAUGAGGUUGAGAAGGAGCGACUGAAAAAUCUUAAACUUGAUGAACAAAUGCAGACAAAUCAUGAGAACACACGACAAAUAGAAGAUGUCAAGAAAAUGAAUGACCUAAAGGCAAUGCGAGAAGAGGAGGAAGAUGAAGAGUGUAGGAUUUUUGCAGCUGCUAAACGUAAAAUGAUGAAGCUAAGUUCAGAAAGAGAAAAAGAAAUCUACUUGAAUAAACAACGCCGUCUAGACCGGAUCAGAGAAAAGCUGGCUGCUCAGAUGAAACAAAAAAUAAGUGAUGAAGAUGAACGGAUUGAGCGUGUGUUGCGUGAAGAGGAGGAAAAAUAUAUUGAGACUGAGAAGGAAAAAGAGACAAAGCUGCGUAAAACACUGCAGGAUAUAGCUGAACACAGGUCCAAGCAAAUGUUAGAGAUGGAAGAGAAGAAGAAGCAAGCUCGUAAGGAAGAGCUGGAGGGAGUAGAGCUGCGCAAAGCUGCAGAUGAGAUUUUUAGAAGGAAUGAAAUGGAGAAAAUGGAGCGAUACCUUGAGGAUAACAAGAAGAACAAGGAAUAUCUCUUCCUUCAGAUGAAUGAGCGUAAAGCAAAUGAUGAAGCUGAGAGAGACCUUUCCAUGGAUAAAGCUAACCAGGAACUUAUGAAGAAAGAGGAGGAGCAGUUUCAAGAAUAUGCCAGAAAAGUUAUUACUCAUUGUGAACAAGGGGGCCGUAAUGUCUAUCCCUUACGCAAAGCUGCAGUGGAAGGUAUAGGAGGUGGUCUGGGUCCUGUCCUUCCAGGAAGAGGUGGAAUUCGACCUAGUUACAUGGUGCAAGAUGUAUCUGGUAGGCAAAUGCCACAUUACCAGCGCUCCACCACUGAGGAUGUCAAGAAACUUAUAGGUGGAAAAACAGCCACCAAGAUUCGUCUUGGAUUUGUUUGGUAGAACAGCAACGAUCUAGUUGUAUUUGCCUUGCAUGAGAGAUGAUUUUGUUUUGACACACAGAGAUGCAAAUCAUAUCAGUGCAGGAUCAAAUUAAGGCAACAUUUUUUGAAAUGUUUAUUAAAAAAAAAAUGUCAAAACAAGGAUCGAUCUGCUGAGGCCCACCAAGUAUCUAUUAGUGUGCACCUUAAGAAGGAUUUUUAAGUUUGAUAAACAUUUAUAAAAAGGGAUACACUUUGUUGCAGUGCUUAGCAAAUGACUUAAAUGUAGCUAUUUCACAUUCAUUUAUUUUCACUUUUAACACUAUUUGUGACCUAAGAACACAGUUAUGUGAUGCAGGAAUCACAUUAUUCAUAUAAAACUAAGCCAGUCGGAUAAGUAAUUUGCUGAUUUGCAAAAAUAGGUCUUAAACAAAGGUGACCAGUCUAAAAAUUGUGUGAGCCUUGUGUUGAGUACAGUAAGCCAAUUAUCAGGUGACAUAGACCUAAGUAAUAGUGAAUGGGUUUUUUUGCCCAGAAAUUUGGGUCAUGAAUGUAUACAAAUGUACAUUGAAUUGUUAUGCAGAAAUAAAACAGUAUUCUGUUUUUUUGAUUA